ACGUAUCUCCGCACGAGGGCCAUACCCAGAGCAAACCUGUUUCACGUUGUGCACUCGUCGCCGGGCCGCCGUUGGUAGAGGUUGGAACAUCAACGCCUUGCAGCACGCUGUACUGCACUACUUAACUGCAGUUCGUAUCCGUGACCGGCACAUUACCCGCGACGCCGUUGACGUAUUCAGCGAUUUUUGCACCACAGUCUUCGAAAAAUUUAAGCAAACUUUCUCACAAAAAUGGUGGACAUCGACAAAGUGCUUAUUUCGUUAGGCAUGGGCCGGUACCAGUUCAUGGGCUGCAUAUUAUUCGGCCUCAUGAUUAUGUAUUCAAACGUGUCGCCGGUCACUUACGUCUUCACCGCCAGUGAUUUAAAAUACAGGUGCAAAAUACCGGAAUGCGAUAAGGAAGAAAGUACGUACGAGCCUGAAUGGUUGCGGUUUACAAUGCCUUAUAAAAACGAUACAAAUCAGCCGCGUAAGUGUCAGCGGUACGCUGCGUUGUCUGGUCCAUUAGUAAACGGUACGCGGUGCUCGUCUGAUGGAUUCAACGUCAGCGUGGUCGAGUGGUGCUACGACAAUGGUUGGGUAUUCGAAGACUUUGAAGAAACCAUCGGCACGGAGUUUGGACUCAUGUGCGAAGAUAACAAAUGGAAGCUAUCGAUGGUGGGAACAAUCAACAACUUCGGUCAAUUCAUCGGAAUACCAAUGUCAGGGAUAAUCGCGGACAGGUAUGGCCGAAAGUUUACUAUGGUGUUUUGUGCAGCAACAUCAGCCGCGCUAGCUAUCAUUCAAUCGUUCUCAACCAGUUAUUUGAUGUUCAUGAUUUUGGAAUUGUUAUCUUCGACAGUGUCCAGUGGAAUUUACACCGUCACUUUUAUAUUAGCAAUGGAGUUGUUUUUGCCUCAUCAGCGUGUACUGUAUUAUUCAAUUCUAGAAUGUUUCCUUCCGAUUGGCUCUAUUUUAGUGGCUUAUACCGCUAAAUAUGUAAGAGAUUGGAGGCUUUUGUUGCAGCUUGUCAACAUCCCAGGAUUGCUGUUCCUUUCAUACUUUUGGCUAACGGAAGAGUCGAUGAGAUGGUUGGAAAGUCAAGGUAAACACGACAAAGUGAUCAACACUCUCAAAAAAAUUGCUGCUGUCAAUAAUAAGCCUUUUCCAAACCUGAAUAUUAACAACCAAACACAGAGCAUGGAAUGUUUGGAAAAUAAAGACGCAAAGUUCAGCGGCAUUUUAAAAGACAUAAUCCGUUCUCCAACUAUAUUCUGGAGGAUGAUCAGGUGUUCGUACGUGUGGAUAGCGGUGACCUUAGUAUACUAUGGCCUGACGAUAAGCUCGACGGACAUCGCCGGAGACAAGUAUCUGAACUUCUCGUUAGUGUUGUUCGUCGAGAUCCCUGCUUGUCUGUUGAACUGGUUGAUAAUGGAAGGCAUGUCCAGAAAAAUGUCACUGAGUUGUAUGUUCGUGUUAAGUGGCGUCACUUGCGUCACGUAUAACUUGAUGUCCGGUGAACUCUACUUGAUAAAGCUGUCGCUGUUCUUGGUCAGUAAACUUGCAAUAUCCAUCGCGUUUUGCAUAAUUUACAUGCUUACCGCUGAGAUAUUCCCCACCAGAAUGCGAGCCACCAUGAUGUCCAUGUGCUCCAUGCUCGGUCGGAUAGGGUCCAUGUUAGCACCUCAAGCCACACUGCUGACGGAGUAUUUCGGAGUGUUCGCGACAAUGCUUGUAUUUGGAUCAACCGCACUUGCGGCCGCGGCCAUCACCAUGACAUUACCGGAAAGUAAAAACAUCUCAUUGCCCAACACCAUCAACGAAGCUGAAGAAAUCGGAACCGAUGUCAAAUCGAAAAACGACAAAAUAAACUCGCCGUAGAGUUCCUAUUACCACUGUAAUGAUAAUUGUAUGUAAAACAAUACUUAAGCUCAAUGUGAGCAUAAUAAUAUUGUUUUUCUUACAUUAUGUUUGUAUAUUUUGAGCGCACCCGAAAAUUUUUAAAAUGUCGCAGUGAUGUUAAGAUAUUGUAAUUACUCACUGACCAACUGUUUAAUUAUUAUCGGAGUCUAUACCAUUUCCGGAUCGGUGGACGCACACACGCGGCUAUGGGGGUGGUCGUACACCUCAAAAAACCCGUUGACUUAAUUUUAAUGUAACCAUAUAACGAUUUAGUAUAAUUUAUUGUGUAUCUAUAAACAAAUUAUGAGUUAAUCUCGCUAUUCUUUAUAUAGCAGCUUUCUAAUAAUCUUAACUGUAGGAGGUCCCUUUUUUAGUUUAUCUACACUUGUCAUUUUAACACGGUUGUUAAAAAAUUAAUUGUAAAUAUCGUUCAUAAUUUAACUGUUUCAAACUGAUGUACUAACACUUGAUUGAAAGCUACAGAACUAUACGGUUUGACUUUGUAUACUCUUAGAAUGCUAUAUGAAUACAAUGAUACCUAUACAAAUAAGAAAAUGUACAGAAAUAUGUUUUUUUAAUAUUUAUUAACACAUAAAGUAUGUAAAUUAUUAUUA